AUGGAUAUGGAUGAUCAUCAGGCUUGUACCUCGAUGGAUGUUACAGAAAAUGAUGGUAUCUCAGAUGGCGAUGGGAUCCAUUGGCAUUUUUCUCAAGUUAAAGGAAAUAUCGAGCCUGAUGGAGGUAUUACAAGCGACGCGGAUAUUAUAUCUUGUGUUGAAUUUUCUCACGAUGGUGAAUUCUUAGCAACGGGUGACAAAGGAGGACGGGUUGUGAUAUUUCAACGUGAUCAAAGUGGAAAAUUUAUAAACGGUCAACGUUCAACUGACUACAAUGUUUAUUCAACUUUCCAGUCGCACGAACCAGAAUUUGAUUAUUUGAAAUCUCUUGAAAUAGAGGAAAAAAUCAAUCAAAUUAAGUGGUUGAAAAGGAAAAAUGCUGCUAAUUUUAUUCUCUCCACCAAUGAUAAAACGAUCAAGCUAUGGAAAAUUUCUGAAAGAGAAAAGAAAGUUGCUGAUGGUGGUUGGAAUUUAGCAAGAAAUGCUGAUGGCACAACUGUAGGCAAACGAAGCUUUAGCGGGCAGCUGAAGCUUCCUAGAUUAGUGCCAAUGGAAUUAAUAGUCGAAGCAUCUCCUCGACGGGUUUACGGCAAUGCUCAUACUUAUCAUGUCAAUUCUAUCAGUGUUAAUUCUGAUCAGGAAAUAUUUUUGUCAGCUGAUGAUUUGCGAAUAAAUAUAUGGCAUCUUGAAAUUACCAAUGAGAGCUUCAAUAUAGUGGAUAUUAAGCCAGUGAAUAUGGAAGAGUUAACAGAGGUGAUUACUGCCGCUGAAUUUCAUCCAACUCAAUGCCAUUGGUUCGUAUAUAGCUCGUCCAAAGGGUCGAUUCGCUUAUGUGAUAUGCGUGAUCGUGCACUUUGCGAUAUUCAUGCCAAAUUAUUUGAAGAAUCGGAAGAUCCGGCAAAUCGCUCAUUCUUCUCAGAAAUCAUCGCUUCUGUAUCCGAUGUGAAAUUUUCUCACAAUGGGAGAUAUUUGCUCACAAGAGAUUACCUAACUGCUAAAGUCUGGGAUAUAAACAUGGAGUCUGGACCUGUAGAAACUUAUCCUGUCCAUGACUAUUUACGCUCAAAAUUAUGCACCCUGUAUGAGAAUGAUUCGAUUUUUGAUAAAUUCGAAGUUGAUUGGAGUGGAGAUGACAACCACAUUUUAACUGGAUCAUAUAACAACUUCUUUCGAUCAUUCAAAAGAGGUAUUGAAGCAGGUGUUGCCAAAACUUAUGAGGCUCACAUCGAAAAAUCCCACAUACCUUUACCAACUCGUCGAGUGCUAACAUCAGGUGCUCGUGUAAACAAAAAACGUGUGCUUGCUGGAGCAGCGGAGACUCAAGCAGACGAAGAUGUGAGCGCGGAUAAUCUUGAUUUUACUAAAAAAAUUCUGCAUACUGCUUGGCAUCCUGAACAAAAUAUCAUCGCAUUAGCAGCAACCAAUCGACUUUAUAUCUUUCAGGAUAAAUAA